AUGACGAGCAUCUCCCCAUCACAUCCUGACGGCGAAGCGUCAUCCUCGGCCCGUCCUAUAGCACCUUCAGCGCCAAUCCUCACCCCGACCCUAGCAGCAGAUCUCCGCCUCACCGCCCUCACCCACCUUCUCCACGGCACCUCCUCCGCUCCUCGCACCGCAUCUCCACCGGCGCUCACCCGACUCUCCCACAUCCAGAGCACACUUUCGACCCUCAGCUCCACCUCGAAACCCCUCUCCUCCCUGCUCUCCGACUGGGAGGUCUAUUCGGACCUGCUACAUCCCUACCCUUCCUCUUCAACGGGAAGCUGGGACGCAACACAGCAGAUCAGCCUGCUCCUGGCGCAGCAGCCCGAGUUGCAACAGGCCCUGUCGGAGCUAUCUGCCAUCCAGCUGCUAGCGCAACAACGCGGCGUGCUCGAUUCACACCAGUCCAAAACCCUCGCCCGCGCAGUAGACGCUCACAACCCUCAACUCACGACAUUGCAGGACCGCGAGAGGGCGAGAGCAGAAAAGACGGCCGAGUGGAACAGCAGAUUGGUCGCCGUGGUCCAAGCUUGGGCACAGUAUACGGAGGCUUUGAGUCGCGCCUUCGUCUUGUUUGACGACCAGCUGCUUCAAUUGGAGAGGCAGAUGGGCGUGCUCGAACGCACCAGUCAUCCAGCAUAA